UGGGCGGCUGCCCCCGCGAGAGUGCGGCCGUGAAGGGGGAGGUCUGGUCCCGCGCUCGCGCUCGCCUUACUCUCGACUUCCCUCCGCCAGCUGUCUCGCGUGGCCCGGGUCUCUGGUCGCGCGCGCGGCCUCAGGGCAAGAUGAGGCGGGCGGCGCUGCGGCUUUGUACCACCUUGGGCAAGGGGCUGCGUGCUCCUGGCAGAGGACUCACUCAAGGAUCCGAGAAUCCCGAGAAACAGAGAGUCCUCCACCUGCAUGAAGCAUGUUCACCUAUACAUGUGAAUCACGUUCGUGAUAAGUUGCGGGAGAUAGUAGGAGUCUCCACAAACUGGAGAGACCAUGUGAAAGCAAUGGAGGAAAGAAAAUUACUUCAGAGUUUUUUGGCUCAGUCACAGAAAGGACUGCCACCCAGGAGAAUGAAAGACAGUUAUAUCGAGGUUCUCUUGCCUUUGGGUAGUCAGCCUGAAUUACGAGAGAAAUACUUGACUGUUCAAAACACCAUCAGAUUUGGCAGGAUUCUUGAGGAUCUUGACAGCCUAGGAGUUCUCAUUUGCUACAUGCACACCAAGAUUCAUUCAGCUAAGGCGUCUCCUCUGUCUAUAGUUACAGCCCUGGUGGACAAGAUUGAUAUGUGUAAGACGAGCUUAAGUCCAGAACAGGACAUCAAGUUCAGUGGCCAUGUCAGCUGGGUUGGGAAGACAUCCAUGGAAGUGAAGAUGCAAAUGUUUCAGUUACACGGCAAUGAAUUUUGUCCUGUUUUGGAUGCAACCUUUGUAAUGGUGGCUCGUGAUUCUGAAAAUCAAGGGCCGGCAUUUGUAAAUCCACUCAUCCUUGAAAGCCCAGAGGAAGAAGAACUCUUUAGACAAGGAGAAUUGAACAAGGGUAGAAGGGUUGCCUUCAGCUCCACGUCAUUACUGAAAAUGGCUCCCAGUGCCGAGGAGAGGACAACCAUACAUGAAAUGUUUCUUAGCACGCUCGAUCCAAAGACUAUAAGUUUUCAAAGUCGAGUUUUACCCCCUCAUGCGGUGUGGAUGGAGGAUUCAAAACUGAAGAGCUUGGAAAUUUGCCACCCUCAGGAGCGGAACAUUUUCAAUCGGAUCUUUGGCGGUUUCCUUAUGAGGAAAGCGUAUGAACUUGGAUGGGCUACCGCUUGUAACUUUGGUGGUUCCCGACCGUUUGUAGUAGCAGUGGAUGAUAUCAUGUUUCAGAAACCCGUUGAGGUUGGAUCACUGCUGUUUCUUUCUUCGCAGGUUUGCUUUACUCGGGACAGUUACAUUCAAGUCAGAGUGCACAGUGAGGUGGCCUCUCUUGCGAAUAAAGAGCAUAUGACCACCAAUGUCUUCCAUUUCACGUUCAUGUCAGAAAAAGAAGUGCCCUUGGUUUUCCCCAGAACCUACGGAGAGUCCAUGUUGUAUUUAGAUGGGCAGCGGCAUUUCAACUCCAUGAGUGUACCGGCGAACUUGAGAAAGGACUACCUUGUGGAGCCCUAGGAAAACCAUGCUUGUUUAAGAGCAGCCCUCCACGGUGGCAUAGUGCCUGUUGAAAGCCCGAUCAAGUGUUUUGGUUUCAGUCUUUAUUCUCAUCCUCUGUUGAGAAGAAGAAUGUAUUCAACCUUUAGGAUGAUCAGCAAAGCAGAACAAGGGAGUGGCUGGGUGGGGCAGAGGAAGAGGGAGUUAUUAAACAAUAAACACUCUCAAGACAAUUUAAAUUAGAAACCUA